CGUUCUUGCUCUCGAUCACUCUCCCUCUCUUCUUCACUUUCGAAAUUUUAGGGUUUAUCGCGGGUUUCUUGAUCUGUUUCUUGUUCCCAACUACCUUUUCUCUGGAACCGUUGAUUCUUUUCUCCCAUUUCUUGCUCCGUCGCGAUCAAUUCCUCUUGUCCCCAAACCCUAGAUCUUGCUGUUCCUGGGUUAGACCUUCUACCGAUUUCAGGCAUUUAAGAACCGGAUUGCUGCCCCGGCGACCACCUGUCCCCCACCGGCUUCAGGAACUCCUUAGCGGUCUAUGUAGUGGAUAUUGGUACGAAUGAUACUGCAAUCUAGGGUUUUCCUAAAGGAUCCUUGUUGAAACCCCAUCCCAGGAUCGCGCACACUUUUGCCCUUUGAGCUUCGGAGGUCCAGCGGAUCGACAGAGAGUGGUGGUGAUUGGCCAAGCCCCUGAUUCUGGCGCCGAUUUUGGCGCCGAUAAUAUGAUCAGUUGAACAUGAGCGAUGGUGGCAAGGAGAGUGAAAGUGAUCAGCAGAGCAGCUUGAAGAAGAGUCUGCCGUCAUCGGCAACUGACGAGUUCGGCCGUGCCGUUGUGAAGAUUGCCGUCGCCCAGAUUUGUGAGACCGUCGGGUUUCAGGGAUCGCAUUACUCUGCCGUCGACGCCCUCACAGAGGUCACGGUCCGGUACAUAUGUGAUCUAGGCAAAAGUGCGAGUUUCUAUGCUCAUUUGGCUGGUAGAACGAGUUGCAAUGUUUUUGAUAUCAUCCAGAGCUUAGAAGAUUUGAGUUCGCAAGCAGGUUUUUCUGGCGCAUCUGAUGUUCACCAUUGCUUAGUUGGUUCAGGUGUUGUUCGAGAGAUCACUCAUUUUGUUAGCACAAAAGAGGAAGUCCCGUUUGCUCAGCCCAUUCCUAGAUUCCCUAUUCCUCGUGUACCUAAGGCUACACCUAGCUUUGCUCAGGUUAACAAAGAACCACCGGGAAAGCACAUACCUGAUUGGCUUCCAAGGCUCCCUGAUCCUCAUACUUAUGUCCACACGCCUGUUUGGAACAAGAGGACCACUGAUGCCAAAACAGACAAGGUCGAACAAGCAAGGCAGCGGAGGAAGGCAGAAAGGUCUUUGUUAAGCUUACAGAAGCGACUUGCCUCCAGUGAAGCAGCUGGGUUUCAACCAACUGGUGAUGGUGAUGUUGGGAAGGGGAAGCAGGUGGUCGGUAGCAACCCAUUUCUGGCCCCACCUUUACCAUAUAAAGAAAAAGCAGUAUCUGAAAAUGCUCGUCUACAUGAGGCAGAUGCUGGCAAAAGGUUAUCGGUGCUUGAGACUUUUGCUCCUGUCUUUGAGGCUGCAAAGGUGGGUUCUCUUGACUAUAGUGCUAGUGACAGGAAGGUUGUUCUUAGAAGCAGGCCUACAGUGCAUUUCAAGAUUGGAGUCGACAAGAAAUCUAUAGCUGCAUCAUUAUCUUCUAAUGCUUUGGAUGCAAGAAAAGAUUCGUGGCCUUUGAGGGAUGACGAGAAGGAUGACAAGAAGAGGAGAGCAGAAAUGAUACUUAGAGAAGCUAUGGAGAAGCCACAUGAUCUUGCUCAGCUGUAAAGCUCAUUUAAACAGGCUUGCAGUGAGGAAUUGUAACAGUAUUUCUUGGCAUAUCAAAUUUGGUGGAAAUUAUGUUCCCAAUUGUUGAGCUAUGUGAAAAACCUUAGGUAUGAAACAUAUGUCAUCUGAAAGUCCAUUUCUUGAAUUUUUUUUUUGUUUUUUUCUUUGCAAGAGUAAAGAGCAAACAUUUAGUA